AUGAAUUGAGCAGCCAUUUUUAAACUGCUUACCUGCUUUUAAGCCUCCCUCCUACUACAGUACUACAAGAAUAAGGGAGUGAUAGAGAAAAGAAGAGAACAUGGACGAUGAAUUAAAAAUUUCAACGAUAACUUGAUGGUUACUAAGUCACCAGCUGGCUGUGGAUAUGUGCUUAUAGUAUUGUGAAAAAAAUAUAUACACAUAUAUUUAAUUAUUUUUGAAGAAUAAAGUGUCGACGAGGAGAGAGAAGAGCAAAGGGUGGUAGUUGGUAUUAGAGGUAAACCAGUGUAAGAGAAGACAGAGAGGAACUAAUAAACGUGCAUACAAAUAGAGAGAGAACGGUAUAUAAGGUUAAAGUGAGGAAGGGACAAGUGAAGAUUUGAUAAAAUGACAUGGUGAACUGUCAUCACUGGUGAAAUCAUUAAUGUAUUAUAUUAAAAUGACGGGAUAGGACAUGAUAUUUUUCCGAACCUCAAAAUCGUAGCUAAUGGUCAACGUCUCAGAAGCCAAGAGUGUAAAAAUUAAUAUCCCCCUAAUAACAAGUUAAUUGACUUGAGAUGAAUUAAAUAAAAGAGGCUAUACACACAUAUAUAGAUCCAUCUAUCAGUACCAAUCGACAAGGAAGAGAAGAAUAAAAACGAAUCACAACGAUGUCACUACUAAUGUGCAAAAGAUAGAAGGAAGAAAGAAAGAUAGUGAGAAAAGAGCGCACACAAUUGUAAUGAAUUUUCAUUACGAAUGUUGAAGAUUUUGUAUGAUUCAAGGGGUGGGUGGCUUGUUGAAUAAUGGCAGACAAUGUGCACAGAAAAGCGCACAAGACAACGGAUGGCAGUAAAAAAUUAUCAACUCCAGUUAAUCGUACAACAUCUGAAACAAUAAGAAUUGGUGGUAGUAUCACUGACAAUGACAAAAAUCAAAUGGUAUUGGGUCAAACUGGUCAAUUGGGUCAACACUGUAUAACAUCAUCUGGUAAUAAUUUAACAUCAACGCCAAAUAAUAAUCAAUGUAGAAAGAAAACAUCGUCAUUUCAAAUAACAAGUGUUACGGUUGGAAGUCGUAUGAGCAAUGAUGCAGGUGAAGAUUCCAACGAUGAUUUGGAUGAGUCACACGGUGAGGACAAUUCUGUUGAACAUUCGAGAAUUGAAAACACCGAUAUUGAGACUCCAAGCUACUCAGAGGAUACAUUCUCCAAGGAUGAUGUUUUCUUUAAUGCAAGCAAUGCUGCAUUGAGCACAGCACCAGUUAUACCAACAUCCUCUCAAUACGGUUUAGCAAUAGUACCAUCGGAUCCAAGUGGUAAUGUCAGUAAUUCAAGUAAUGACAGUAAUAUCAAUGCCCUCGAAUUAGCAUCAGUCACUGACAACAAUAUCAUCAAUUUACUAUCGAGUAAUACUAAACAAGAUACAGACGGUGUAUCAAUACGUGACGGUGUAUCACACGGUAGAAAUGAGCGAUUCAAAGUUGUUAAAAUUGAAAGUACUGAGCCAUUCAAGAGAGGUAGAUGGACUUGUAUGGAUUACUUAGAUCAUACAUCUGUUAAUAAUCAAACAAAUGCUAUUAAUACUGGAAAGACAACUGAUCCGAAUCAAGUAUGUAUAUCGUACGGUGUCAACGAUGGAGUUAUAUUACCAUUGAAUACAACAUCGACGAAUGACGAUAGAACUGUUGCAGUUGACAUGAAUGGCCAUGCUACCCAUCAAGAUAUGCACGGUUCAAUUGGUAUUUCGAACAAUCAAACCGGUGGUUACACUGUCGCUAGUAAUUCACUCCAGUCACAGAAUUGCCAGCGUAAUCCAGCGACAUCCGGUAUCACACUAUCACAACAGCCCUAUUUCCAUUCAUCAACACAGCAACAGCAGCAAGGAGCUCAACAACAGCCUCCUCCACCAUCCCAAGGCUCGACAUUGCCCUCUAAUUUACAACCAACACAUGCUAACAAUUUGGGACAACCACAGAGUAUGCCCCAGGGCUCUAUUCCCAUUAUAACACAGGCUAAUAACAACAAUGUGGCUUCACAACAAAAUAUAAGCCAUCCCAACGAGGAGACCUACGUCAAUGUCGCAUCGCAGAAUCAACCAUUGCCAGGUGCAUCGAAUCAACCCAAUAUUAUGGUUCAGAAUCAGGGACCAACGCAGUCUGCUAAUCAGUCGCAGUCCCAGACGACCCAGGCACAGCACCAAAUCAAUGAUUCGAUAGCUACAAUUCAAAGAAUUCAAGGAAUGCAAAAAAUACAUCAGGUUCCUCAGUCUGGUGGACAACAUGCUGCGACUGCAGCAGCACCACAACAACAAUCGACAGCAACAACAACAGCUCCAGGUGCUAGUAAUGCCAAUAAUGCUGGUGUCAAUCCUCAAGCGACUGCUAAUUGUCAAAAUGCCCUUGGGACAAUGAGUUUCCAUCAGGAGGGCACGGAGCAGGACUCUGUGUCGGGAAUUGCUGAUGCUGCCUUGCUGGAAUGUCUCGCUGAAGUAACACAAUCGACUGAUGACCACCAAACCCUCGAAGAAAAUGAAAGUAUGUCGGGAACAGGUGCCGUUGCCAUUGAUAACAAAAUUGAACAGGCUAUGGACUUGGUUAAAAGUCAUCUGAUGUUUGCGGUUAGAGAGGAGGUGGAGGUAUUGAAGGAAAAAAUAGCUGAGCUUAUGGAUCGCAUAAAUCAGCUUGAGGCUGAAAAUUCGAUUCUGAAGGCGCACGCGACUGCUGAGACCCUGGCGCAGUUGAAUCAAUCGUCAAAUAAAUUACCCCAAAAUAAUUCAACAAGUGGUCAAUAAGGGGAGUAAUGUCAAAUCAGAUGGAAAAAACAUGAAAGAAAAAAAAACAUUGUAAAUAAGUUUAUAUUAAAUAAUUAAUCAUAAUAAUGAAUAAU